AUGUCUUUCUCGAUAGGCAUGCCCUGGAACGAGGGCGAAGAGAAGAUGCACCGCCUCCUCCGCAUUCCGCCUCAAGACAACCCGACUUCAGCCAUGCUCACGCCACAAGCUGCGUUCAUGUUCCAACACGCUCCUCUGCUCGCAUUCGGGACUCUAGAUGCACAGGAUCGGCCUUGGACGACACUAUGGGGUGGCGAACCUGGUUUCUCUGAGCCGCUUGGUGGCGGGUUCAUCGGUACGCGCACUCUUGUCGACGGCAAGCACGAUCCUGUUGUGCAAGCGCUCGUGGGUGGAGGGGAGAAAAGCGAGAAAGGCGAGAUGACACAAGCGAAAGACGGUGCAAAGUUAGUGGCAGGUCUAGCCAUCCACCUGAUGACGAGAAAGAGAGUCAAAACCGCCGGCCGCAUGAUCGCAGGUACGAUAAAAGACGUCGACGUCGAAGUAGAAGGCGAGUCAAACAGGAAACAAACACAGCUCCAACUCGUCACGAAUAUCGAGCAAAGUCUCGGGAACUGCCCAAAGUACCUCAACCAAUACGAGAUCCGGCCCGCGCUUUCAGACCCAGAACUAGUAUCGCAAGCCUCAUCGUUAUCCGCAGGUAUGUAG